AUUGGAGGAGACGAAUCCAUCUGUAUGCAGUUCACAGCGUUUCCGUCGGUCGGAGUAUCCUGCCGUUUUCUUAAGAAACUUGGAAACUGUACACGAUGGAUGAAUGCUAAAACCGCCUCAGAUCCCCAUACUUUUUCUUUCUUUUCCUUUUUCCUCUUCUUUCCUUAAAGGCGUUUCAAACGUUUUUGUCUCAGGAAACUAGCGCUUUACUUUUACAGAAACAACGUCCUGAGAAGCAUCAUCAUGAGUGUACUGCCUCCUGUACGAAAAGACCGCAUAAUAGGCCAGCUUCCUAAGUGCUUCAAUAAAGGUGCUGCUUUGAACACAGAGGAUGAAUUCCACAGCAAGGUGAAGACGGCCUGUCAGCAGCAGAGGACAGGAACUGUGGGUAGGUUUAAGAUCUCCAAGGUCAUUGUAGUAGGAGAUCUGGCGGUGGGGAAAACCUGUUUGAUUAAUAGAUUUUGUAAAGAUGUCUUUGAUAAAAAUUACAAGGCCACCAUUGGUGUGGAUUUUGAAAUGGAGAGGUUUGAAGUUCUUGGGGUGCCUUUCAGUUUACAACUGUGGGACACUGCAGGACAGGAGAGAUUUAAAUGCAUUGCCUCUACAUACUACAGAGGAGCUCAGGCUGUAAUCAUUGUGUUUGAUUUGACUGAUGUGGCAUCACUGGAACAUACAAGGCAGUGGCUGGAGGAUGCAAUGAAAGAGAAUGAUCCUACCAGUGUAUUACUCUUCUUAGUUGGCACAAAGAAAGAUCUGAGUUCUCCUGCACAGUAUACACUAAUUGAGCAGGACGCCAUUAAACUGGCAGAUCAGAUGAAAGCAGAGUACUGGGCUGUGUCUGCUUUGUCUGGAGAGAAUGUGAGAGAGUUUUUCUUUAGAGUGGCAUCUUUAACAUUUGAGGCCAAUGUGCUGGCAGAACUGGAGAAAAGUGGAUCUAGACGUAUUGGGGAAGUUGUUCAAAUCAACAGCAACUCAAAUAACCUGUAUGCAACCUCCAAGAAGAAACAGACCAACUGUUGUCAGUAAAGACUGAGUGUGUGAAAAUGCAAACAUUUGCACCAACAUAUAAUGGUACCAAAGCAAAA